GUAGUACCAUCAGUAUCCGCUAGGAUGGCAGGUCCGGUGCGAGAAAGGGUAACGGCGGCUGAUAGACGCCAUUUUGAUUUCGUGCAAACUUUGCUGCGUAUUUCCGAUGAACUGACAGAAGAGGAAACGGCAAACGUGAAGUUGUUCUGCCUGCACCUGAUUCCGAAAGGCCAGGCUGCUCGACUCAGGCGGGCGGUGGACGUUUUUCACAAGCUGAUAGAACUGGAUAAAAUUGACCAGGAGAAUCUUGACUUUCUGGAAGAGCUGUUGGAAAGAAUGGGACGAAACGACCUGAUUCGGGACGUUCUAAGACCAUUCCAGCAACCCGACCGACAGAUUCCGGAAAACCCCGAACUGCAGCCGGGAACAAGCGCUGAAGGUGCGAGUACAGAAGAAGCUACAACUUCCGACGCUUUCAUGGUCUUUCGCGGCCAAAGUCAAAUGGUCCAGGAAACAGUAACCCAUCAGAGAGGCCUUUUCGCGUCGCUGUUUGGCACCAGAAGGUCACAGGUCAAGUUCAGAGGUUACAAGAAACACAAGAGCAUCCUGGCGCACUACACCGUACCGCGGGAGAACACGGCGGUGCUGCGGCUCAUGGCGGAUCACUCCGACCCGAGACUUGUGUUCAUGGGCAUGGAGUCGCUGCAGAUCGACGCUGGAGUACCCGUCAAACUCCAACAGGAGGCGCUGUUGUACGAUAUCAAGAGACAACUGCCCGUCGAUGACAUCGAGGUGGGCUGCAGUACCCGUAAGAAACAGCAGAGGGCGCCCCGGAGCUGGACGCGGCUGUGGGCCCUGAACCUGUUCUCGGACGCCCUGCCGCUCCAUCUGCAGGUGGCGGCGAGUCUGGAGUACCAGGGCUUCUCCUACAGCCUGGUCCGGGCUCUGGCCGAGAGGGACCGGCUCAGGGAACACCAGAUGAGGCGAGCCGUCCACAACCUCAGGAAGGCUGAAGUGGAGUCCAAAGCGCUCCGGCAGAAGGCAGAGGUGGAUUCCAACACGCUCAUGACCUUACGCUCCAAGCUCAACAUCGCAGAGAACAGGCUCAAGGAGGCCCUGGAGACGAACGCAGUUCUUGCAGAAAAGCUGCAGCAGGCUCAAGAAUACGCCGAGAAAGCCGCCAGGCAGGUGACAACCCACGUGACGGAGUACAGGUCACAGGAGUACAGGGGAGAGAAGCCACCUGGCGGCUGGCCGGCACAGCGAUCAUCACUUUGUUUCAGAAUGGCAGCUCCAGUUAACGCUCAAGCAGGAGUUACGGAUGAUGACAGACGCCAUUUUAAAUUCGUAAAGACUUUACAAAAAAUAUCUGAGGACCUGACAGUGUAUGAAACGAAACUCAUGAAGUUGUAUUGUCGCCAUUUGAUUCCGAAAGGUAUUGCAGAAAGACUCAAUCAGCCGUUUGAAAUUUUUGAGAAGUUGAUAGAACUGGGCAAAAUCGAUCAGGAGAACUUGGAAUUUGUUAAGGAGAUCUUAGAAAAUAUGGAGCGUGCAGACCUGGUGAUCAACGUGCUGAGGCCGUUCCAACCGCCUGGCCGAGAGAUUCCGGAAAAUUCUGAACUAGAACCGGGAACAAACACUGAUGGUGCAAACGCAGAUGGAGAAACAGCCGAAGCCUACUUGGUAGUUCAAGGCCAAAGACACAUGAUCCAGGAGACUGUAGAUCGCCAUAGAUACUACCUACGAUCGCUGUGUCGUAUUGAGGGCUCAGAUGUCAUGUUCAGGGGAUACAGAGCAGGAAACAGCAUCCUGGUGCACUACACUAUACCGCGGAAGAGCACAGCGGUGCUAAAGCUCAUGGCAAAUCACUCGGACCCGAGACUUGUAUUCAUGGGCGUCACGUCACUGCAGAUCGACGCUGAACCACCGAUCAAAGUCGCACAGGGGGUGCUUUUCAAAGAUACCAAGAGACAACUGCCUGUCGAUGACAUCGAGGUGGGCUGCAGUACCCGUAAGAAGCAGCAGAGGGCGCCCAGGAGCUGGACGCGGCUGUGGGCCCUGAACCUGUUCUCGGACGCCCUGCCGCUCCAUCUGCAGGUGGCGGCGAGUCUGGAGUACCAGGGCUUCUCUUACAGCCUGGUCCGGGCUCUGGCCGAGAGGGACCGGCUCAGGGAACACCAGAUGAGGCGAGCCGUCCACAACCUCAGGAAGGCUGAAGUGGACUCUAACACGCUCCGGCAGAAGGCAGAGGUGGAUUCCAACACGCUUAUGACCUUACGCUCCAAGCUCAACAUCGCAGAGAACAGGCUCAAGGAGGCCCUGGAGACGAACGCAGUUCUUGAAGAAAAGCUGCAACAGGCUCAAGAAUACGCCGAGAAAGCCGCCAGGCAGGUGGCAACCCACGUGACGGAGUACAGGGGAGAGAAGCCGCCUGGAGGCUGGUCACAGGAGUACAGGGGAGAGAAGCCGCCUGGCGGCUGGUCACAGGAGUACAGGGGAGAGAAGCCGCCUGGAGGCUGGUCACAGGAGUACAGGGAAGAGAAGCCGCCUGUCGGCUGGCCGGCACAGGUCGAGAAGGCAGAUGCAGGCACACAGACACGCCUAGCGGAUACUGAUGGUACUACAGGUAGACCUGAAGAUGGUAACAAGGUUGGAGAAGAAUGGUCGGUUCUAGAAGAAAAAGAAAAAGAAGAAGACGAGGAGGAAGAAGAAGACGACAAAGAAGAAGAUAAAGAAAAAGACAAAGAAGAAGAAGGCAAGAAAACUCCAGGAGCAACCGGACAAGAGCGCCCCCAAGCGGGGUUAGAGGGAGCGGUACCUCGCACUACUGGAGACGUGGAACAGGGUGAGGUCACUUUCGGCGGGGUAGGAACAGAUCCUGGUAAAUUUAAGUAUCCACGCGGCAUUGUGGUGUCGCCUAGCAACGAGAUAUUCGUGACUGAUACAGAUAACAGGCGAGUCCAAGUCCACAGCAUGAAGGGGGGUUACCUCCGCCAGUUCCCAACAGUCGUACCGGGUACAGAGGAUAAGGACAUGAGGCCAACUGAUAUUACUGUGGAAUCUAACGGCACACUGUGGGUAGUGGGGCGUAGAGAGGCAGCCGAUUAUGUUGUACAGUACAGCCCGGACGGGACCGCCAUGGCGGGGUUUGGUCUUAGAAAGAACAAGUAUUACCGCGGUAUUGCGGUGGACAUGCGCACUAACCAAAUCCUGGUGACUGAUGCAGAACGUGGUGAAGUUGAGGUGUUCCGUCCGGACGGCUCUCUGGUGCGGAGGUUCGGACAUCCAGAGGGUGAGAUGAGAGACCCGCAGUACAUCACGGUGGACGGGGAAGGGAACAUUCUUGUGUCAGACAUGAACAAUCACUAUAUCUAUGUGUACAAGGAGGACGGACAGUUUCUGUUCCAGUUUGGAGGUGAGGGAAGUGGUAAAGGUCAGCUGAAGGAUCCCUGUGGCAUCUGUACAGACAGGGCAGGGAACAUCAUCGUGGCGGACUCUAUGAACAAGAGGGUUCAGAUAUUCACACGUCACGGCGAGUAUCUCCGCUCCAUCCGUACUGAGUCUUGGCCAGGCGGCCUGGCUGUGGGACCGGAAGGGCAGCUGGUUAUCAAUGACAAUGACGACCACACUGUGACCAUAUAUGCUGGUGACAAAGCUGGAAAAGAAGCGUUGGCGGCGGAAAAAGACAAGGUAACUGCAAGACAAGGCUCUGACAAUGGUAACGAAGAAAAAGAGGAAGUUCCUGGUGCAGAAGCAACCGAACAAGAGCGCCCCCAAGCGGGAAUAGAGAGAGCGGCAACUCGCACUACUGGAGACGUGGAACAGGGUAAGGUCACUUUUGGCGGGGGAGGAUCAGAACCUGGUAAAUUUUGGGACCCACGCGGCGUUGUGGUGUCGCCUAGCAACGAGAUAUUUGUGGCUGGUAUGGACAACAUGCGAGUCCAAGUCCACAGCAUGAAGGGGGGUUACCUCCGCCACUUCCCAACAGUCGUACCGGGUACAGAGGAUAAGGACAUGGCGCCACAUGAUGUUAGUAUGGACUCUAACGGCACACUGUGGGUAGUGGGGAAUGGAGAGACAGCCGAUCAUGUUGUACAGUACAGCAUGGACGGGACCGCCAUGGCGGGGUUUCAACUUCGGAAGAACGAGUAUCUCCGUGGCAUUGCGGUGGACAUGCGCACUAACCACGUCCUGAUGACUGAUGCAGGCCGUUGUGAAGUUGAGGUGUUCCGUCCGGACGGCUCUCUGGUGCGGAGGUUCCGACAUCCAAAGGGUGAGAUGAAAGGCCCGCGGUACAUCACUGUGGACGGGGAAGGGAACAUUCUUGUAUCGGACUGGAUCAGUCACUCUGUCUACGUGUUUGACAAGUCCGGGAUGUUCCUGUUCAGGUUUGGAGGUAAGGGAAGUGGUGAAGGUCAGCUGAGGGAUCCCCGUGGCAUCUGUACAGACAGGGCAGGGAACAUCAUCGUGGCAGACCGUUGGAACGGGAGGGUUCAGAUAUUCACACGUCACGGCGAGUAUCUCCGCUCCAUCCGUACUGGGUUUGGGCCACAAGGCCUGGCUGUGGGACCGGAAGGGCAGCUGGUUGUCACUUGUUAUUCGAACCACACCGUGACUGUAUUUUCCAACUACUAA